AUGAUGCUGCAAGCUAUAGCUCAUCCACACACAGCUAUAUCACUGCAGCCUAUAGCUCAUCUACAUAAAGCUAUAGCAUGGCAACCUACUGUUCAUCUACUCACAACUAUACCACUGCAAGCUACAGCUCAUCCACACACAGCUAUACCACUGCAACCUACAGCUCAUCUACUCACAACUAUGCCACUGCAAGCUAUAGCUAAUCUACACACAGCUAUACUAUGGCAAGCUAUAGCUCAUUUACACACAGCUAUAUCACUGCAACCUAUAGCUCAUCUACAUAAAGCUAUACCACUGCAACCUAUAGUUCUUCAACUAAAAGCUAUACCACCGCAAACUAUAAAUUAUCUAUACACAACUAUAGCACUGCAAGCUAUAGCUAAUCAAUUCACAGCUAUACCACUGCAAGCUAUAGCUUAUCUACUGGCAGCUAUAGCACUGCAACCUACAUCUCAUCUCUUCCCACCUAUGCUGCUAUAUCACUACAACCUAUUGCUCAAGUACCUAAAGCUAAACCAUGGCAACCUACAGCUCAUCCACACAAAGUUAUAUUACAGCAACCUAUAG